AUGCGUUCCCUCCGCGCCAAUCGCCUCUCCCUGAGGCCCGUCCCGCGAUUCCUCUCCACAGCAUCGACCGCAAAGACCGCGGCGCUGAGCUCCGUGCUCAUUGCCAACAGAGGCGAGAUCGCCAUCCGAAUCAACCGCACGGCAGAGCGCAUGGGCAUCAAGGCCACCACCGUGUACACCGACGUCGACGCAAACUCAUGGCACGCCAACUCGGGCUUCCAGUCGCUGGGCCUGGGCCCGGCCAACGGCUACCUGGACGGCGAGAAGAUCAUUGCCCUGGCCAAGAAGCACGGCAUCCAGGCGCUGCACCCGGGCUACGGCUUCCUGUCGGAGAACUACAAGUUCGCGGAGCGGUGCGAGGAGGAGGGCAUCGUCUUCGUGGGACCGCCCGCAACGGCCAUGGCCGACAUGGGCAACAAGGCGCGGAGCAAGGAGAUUAUGAACGCGGCCAAUGUGCCCUGCGUGCCGGGAUACCACGGCGCGGAGCAGGGCGAGGAGCAAUUGCUGGCCUACGCCAAGGACAUCACCUUCCCGGUCCUGCUCAAGAGCGUGCGAGGCGGCGGCGGUAAGGGCAUGCGCAUCGUCUUGAAGGAGGACGAGUUCAUGACGCAGCUCAAGAGCGCCAGGGCCGAAGCCAAGGCGUCCUUUGGCGAGGGCGGCGAGGUCAUGCUCGUCGAGAAGUACAUUGUGCGCCCACGACACGUCGAGGUGCAAGUCUUUGCCGACAAGUACGGCAACACCGUCGCCCUGGGCGAGCGAGACUGCAGUGUCCAGCGAAGACACCAAAAGGUCCUGGAGGAGUCCCCUGCGCCUGAUCUCGAUGAUGUUACCAGAAAAGACCUCUGGGACAAAGCCCGCAAGGCCGCCGAGGCCGUGGGCUACGUCGGUGCCGGCACUGUCGAGUUCAUCUUGGACAAGGACAGUGGCAAGUUCUACUUUAUGGAGAUGAACACCCGACUGCAGGUCGAGCAUCCCGUCACGGAGAUGGUCACGGGCCUGGAUCUUGUUGAGUGGCAGUUCCGCAUUGCCGCCGGCGAGAAGCUGCCUUUGUCUCAAGCUGAGGUCGAGGAGCAGAUGAACCAGCGAGGAGCUGCAAUUGAGGCCCGUAUCUAUGCUGAGAACCCUGAAAAGGGCUUCAUGCCAGAUUCAGGCAAGCUCAUCCACGCUGUCCUACUGGAUUCCGCCAAAGCCGAUCAAGAUAUCCGUCUGGACUGGGGCUUCGGCUCCGGCAGUGUCGUCUCGGAAGCAUACGACGGCAUGAUUGCCAAGCUCAUUGUCCGAGGCGAUGACCGUGAGACCGCCAUUGCGAAGCUCGCCACCGCUCUGCGUGCCUUUGAAAUCGUCGGUCUGAGCACAAACGUAGAGUUCCUCAAGAGACUCUGCGCCUCCGAGGCCUUCAUCGCCGGAGACGUCGAAACCGGCUUCAUCGACAAGUGGCGGGAGGAGCUCUUCAAGCCCAGACACAUCAGCAACGAGACCUUUGCCCAGGCUGCUCUCGGCGUUUUGAGCAACCAGCUGCAACAGGCCGCUGGUUCCUCCAGCCCGCACGGCCAGUCGCUCGGCUUCGGCAACACAAACUCCACCAGCGAACGCAAGCUCGCCUUCAAGGUCCUCGACGGCUACAGCGAAAAGGAAGGCGAGGUCGUCGAGGCCUUUGUCUCACAAACCGGCCACAACCUCUACAACGUCACCAUCUCCCGCAAGGGCGAGGAGCCCGAGCUCUUCAGCAACGUCAUCAGCGAGCCUACCAUCGAAGACGCCGUCACCAAGCUGAACUCGCGAUUCCCCGGCGAGAGGAUCAACUCAACCGUCGUUCCUCAAGAGAACGGCACCGAAACCAAGCUAGCCAUCUUCCAGCACGGCGUCAAGACCGAUCUGGCACUGCUGCCGCCGUCGUGGUACGAGAAGGCUCUGGGCCUAAAGGAAGUGACCGCCUCCGUGGCGGCGCCUAUGCCCUGUAAGAUUCUGAAGAACGAGGUCGAGGAGGGACAGACUGUGAAGAAGGGCACACCACUUGUUGUCAUCGAAUCAAUGAAGAUGGAGACUGUCAUCCGCUCCCCACAGGAUGGUGUUAUCAAGAAGCUUGCUCACAAGGAAGGCGAUAUCUGCAAGGCUGGCACUAUUCUUGUCCUAUUCGAGGAGGAGCCUAGCACGGAGGAGUCAUCAUAA